AUGGGAUAUGCAGGUCUCGAGUAUGGAAUCCAAACACGUACAACCAUCUCCGAAAGCAAAGGGAAAGUCCAUCAUUUUGUGCAUAUAUACUUGUUGCGUUAAGUUCCCUAGUAAAAACCAAGUCAAAUUCUCUCAUCUGUUAAUAAUAAUCGAAAGCUAUGGCGGAUUCCGGCCAAAAGCCGCAUGCAAUCUUGAUAUCUUAUCCGUUACAAGGCCACAUCAUCCCCUCCGUCCACCUCGCCUGCCGCCUGGCGGAGAAAGGCUUCACCGUCACCUUCAUCAACACCCAUUCCGUGCACUACCACCUCACCAAGAGCAACCCCCGGGACGACGACAUCUUCUCCGGCAUCCGCAAGCCCGGCCUCGACAUCCGCUACGUCACCAUCUCCGACGGCCUCCCGCCGGAGUGGGAUAGGGCGGUGAACCACGACCAGUUCAUGGCCUCGCUCCUGCAUAUCUAUUCCGCGCACGUCGAGGAGGCUCUCAAGAAAAUCUUGACGUCGUCUGCAAAUUCCGGCGGUCCUCCCGUUAACUGCUUGAUCGCCGAUACUUUCUUCGUCUUCCCCGGAAAACUGGCCAAGAAAUAUAAGCUUCUGUAUAUUUCUUUCUGGACGGAACCCGCUUUGGUUUUUACCCUUUAUUAUCACCUCCAUCUCUUGCGCCUCAACGGCCACUUUGGCUGCAUUGAUGUGCGUGAGGACGCGAUCGAGUACGUGCCCGGAGUGCGAUCAAUUGAUGUGAAGGAUUUGAUGUCGUACAUUCAAGAAACGGAAACGGAGACGGUAUGCCACCAGAUAAUUUACAAGUCGUUCCAAGACGCAAGAAACGCAGAUUUCGUGCUGUGUAACACCGUCCAGGAGCUCGAGCAUGAAACCGUGGCGGCUCUACAAGAAAAGACGUCGUUUUUCACGGUGGGCCCCAUCUUCCCGCCGGUGUUCGCCCAGAGCGCGGUGGCGACGAGCCUCUGGUCGGAGUCCGACUGCACCCACUGGCUCGACAAGAAACCCCACCGCUCCGUUUUGUACGUCACUUUUGGCAGCUACGCCCAUCUCUCCAAACACGUUCUCCUGGAAAUCGCCCACGGACUGUCCCUCAGCAAAGUUAACUUUCUCUGGGCCCUCCGGCCGGACAUUGUGAGCUCCGACGACUCCGACCCGCUGCCGGGAGAUCUCCGGGCAGAGGUUUCCGACCGCUCGAUGAUCAUCCCAUGGUGCAAUCAGAAGCAAGUCCUGGCCCACCCCGCCAUUGGGGGAUUCCUGUCUCAUUGCGGAUGGAACUCGAGUAUGGAGAGCAUGUGGUGUGAAGUCCCAAUGCUGUGUUUUCCUCUCCUCACAGACCAAUUCACCAACCGGAAACUCAUCGUCCACGACUGGAAAUUCGGGCUUAACCUUUGCGACAGGAAACCAGUCUCCAAACUCGAAAUCUCAGACAAAAUCAAACGGUUAAUGGGCGGGAAAACAAGCGAUGAGCUAAGAAAUGCAGUGAAGCAAGUGAAGAAGACAAUGGAAGCAGCCCUAAGUCCAAACGGAUCUUCACAGAAAAACAUGGAUAAGUUCAUCAAGGAUGUAAACACCGCCAUUCAACAGAAAAAGAAACAAACUUCAUUUAUAGAAAUUCACAGGAAUUAAGGUUUUUUUUCCAGGUUCCAUGG